UUUUGCACUUUUCUGUUGGAAUUCAGGCUGUCGGAGGUUUAUCCGCCGAAUAAUCCCACAUUUUCCCCCACAAGAAAAGAUCUAAAGGACUGGCGCGCCGAUGCGCAUGGUCCGAGUUUGAGAGAGUAAAGCAAGCAAGCAGGCGGGCGGUCGCUCGCUCAGUGGGUUCGGUGGAUUUGCGCCGCUGCAUCUUCAUUUAUUGGCCAGCGGCAGCGCAGCUGUUCGCUGCAGCAAGAGACGCAGUUUUCCCGGAGACGCGAAAGCGAUGUUCAUUUAGGCGAAGCCUGCCUUUUAGAACAUCGGGCUGCAAGUUCGAGGAAGCAUCGCGCUCGUGAACCGUAGAGGAGAGACGCAGGAAGAUGGCGGAAUGCGUUUCGGAUGCGCCUGCAAAAGCCAAAACAGAAACCUUAAUGCAGCCUAAAGUUGAAGAGAAAAAAUACCAGCUGAAUGGACAUUCAUCUCCUGUACGUCAGGCUGCUUACUCUGCAAAUCCUACAGGAAAACAAAUUUUAGAUGGAUUUCUAAAAACUGAUGACCGAAUGCGACUAGCCAAAGAAAGAAGAGAAGAAAGAGAAAAAAGUUUAGCUGCCAGGGAGUUACAAAUUCUUGAAAAAGAGAAGAGAGCAAAGUUACAGUAUGAGAGGCAGAUGGAGGAGCGGUGGCGGAAACUAGAGGAGCAACGUCAGAAGGAAGAGUUACGGAGAGCAGCUGUAGAGGAGAAGAGAAGACAGAGACUUGAAGAGGAAAAAGAACGCUUGGAAGCAAUGAUCAGACGCUCCAUGGAACGAAGUCAGCAGCUGGAACAGAGGCCAAAGAGAUGGUCCUGGGGAGGUGCCCUGUCUGCUGGCUCUGGAUCCAGGGAAGGUGACCCUGAAAAUACCCCACCCCCACUAGGUUUAGCCACCAGCACCCUUCCUUCAGACCCCGAGACAUCUGCUGCUGCUGCUGCUGCUGCUGCUGAACCCGGCAAUGCACCUGACAAACUCUCAGCCUCUACCACGAAUCUGCCAAAGCAUUUGGAGCCCCCUAUCAAUAAACGCCUGUCAUCCUCCUCUGCUACAAUUACCCAUCCUGCAGAUCGAGCUCAUCGCUUGCAUCUUAGUCCUUUGGAAAAUCUUCUUGUUAGCCGUCUGUUGAUGCCAACACAUUCCUCAUUAGCCAGGUGCAGAAGCACAUCUGCUCUUUCUGACCCUUGUCAAGAGCAUUCAGUGUUGCAUGUUUGUCCUCGUGUAGCUCCAUCUAGUCCUCUCAAGUCUCCUUACAAGGCUUCCCCUGGUCGAGGAUCACAGCCGAAAAAAACACCAACCACUCCUGGCUCAUCUGAGGAAUCUGCAGGGGUCUCAACGAUUGAAGUGCCAAAGACUGAAAAGCUGAAGAAAGAGAAAAGAACAUCAUCACCUGUGAUAGGUUCUCCUCUAAGAAGACCAGAAUCUCCUUCUACUCUUUCUAAAAGGUCCUCUUCACCAGCAACACCCAGAUCACUUACAAAGACACGUGCCCAGUCUCCUAGUACUGUCAGACAGUAUCCUUCCUCACCUAUGAAGCAGCGUGCAAUAAUUAGCACAAUAACAGAAAGUUUAAAGAAGAGUGAUAAAGAAAAAAGUGAGACUGUACCUCAACAAGGGGAAACAGAAGAAAAAGUAAAUGGAACAAAAGAGGACAAAAAAAUAUCAAAGUCCGAGAGUAGUGAAAACGCUAAUAGUGCUGAGCCAUCUCCAGUUACUCCGACUGGUAAAACCAUUGCUGGGACUACAGAUGCAGAAGAAGCAAGCAAACUCCUGGCAGAGCGAAGACGUCAAGCCCGACUUCAAAAAGAGAGAGAAGAACAAGAGAAACGGCAACAAGAGGAAGCAGAAAGAAUCAAGGCAGAAGAAUUAAGAAGGAAGAUGGAAGAAGAACGUCUACGGCAAGAAGAAGCUGCACGCAGAGCUGAAGAAGAAAAGAGACGACUGGAGGAGGAGAAGCAGCAAAAGGAGCUAGAAGAGUUAUUAAUGAGAGAAGCACAGGAGAGAGAGCUGCAGGCUCAGAUGGAGAAAGAGAAGGAAGAAGCUGAACAAAAGGCCUAUGAAGAGGCUGAAAGGCUUCGACAGGAACGUGAGCAGCUCAUGUUACAAGUGGAACAAGAGAGACUACAGAGAAAAAAGCGAAUUGAAGAAAUAAUGAAGAGAACAAGAAAGAGUGACAUUUCUGAAAUCAAGAAAGAAGAAGUUAAGGAGCAAGGCAUGACUACAGAAAAUAUACUAAAGCCAAUUGAAACAAAUGCUCAUCAAGAUCAAGGUGAACAACAGAAACUGAGAAAAAACAAUGGAAAAGUGGAGAAAAAGGUUUUAGAAGAGUACAUAACCGAUGGAUCUUGUUCUGACGUAAAUUUUAAGGAUGUAAAGCCAACUGAGCCUUUAAAUAUUAACUCUACUGAAAUGAAGUCUGCACCUGUUGAUGAUUCUACUGAUGAGGUUCAGUCAAUGGAUGUCAGCCCUGUCUCCAAAGAAGAGCUCAUAUCUAUCCCAGAAUAUUCUCCAGUAAAUGAAAUUCACCAGAAUGGAAUGAGCAAUUCCAAGGCCCUUGAAGAUUUAUUAGAUUUAACUGGACAUAUUGCAACCUAUCCUAAAACAACGAGUGCUACAAUGGGUCUUGGAGACUGCAACAAAAAUCUGAUUGAUGGAUUCUGUGGUUCAGGACAGGAAACCCAGCUGAUUGAAUCAAUAACUCAGGCUGUUGAAAAAGUUAAUAUUCAGUAAAUAAGGCUUCAUCAAAUGAGAAACAUGCUGUUUUAGACCAGUUGUCAGCUGCUGCAGUCUGUGAAGGCCAUGUCAUCUAUACAAGCUUUCUUUUUGCAGCCUACCUAAGCUAGAACAUUUUGAACGCAAAAUGAAAACAGCUGAAUGUAUGGAAAACGUUUCAAAAUACGAACUAGUCUGAAAUAAGUUUGCCCAGAUUUAAAAUAGGACUUGCAGCUGCUCUUUGUCUUUCAUUUACAAUUUGUUUUACCCUUUUAGUAUUUUCUUUUUAUAUCUUAAUCAGAUUUAAAUUAUUUUUAGUUUUAUUAUCAAAAUUCUACAUGGAAUAGACUAUGCUGUAUGUAUUCAAUUGAAAGCACUGUGAAUGUGUGCCAUUUUUUUUUAUAAAAUGUGAGAAUGUCUGACUUUCCUAAGUGAGGCUGCAACUAUAAAAUGUAUAGUAGGGUUAGAAUGAUGAUACAGUAAGUGAAAGUGUUUUUUUUUUUUUUUUACCGGCAAUUUGCAAAAUGUUAUUCUCAACUGAAGAUAUAUUGUACAUAGUUAUGAGAUACGCUGUUGUAGGGUAAGGGAUGAAGACAAGCGGUAUAGCAUUCCUUCAUUCUUUCCCACUUCAUUCCAUGUCUUCUGCAAUUAUCUAGGAUAAGAAUGGUUUACACAGAUUUCCACAGGAAGCAUCUGAUCUUAAAUGUUGCAUAUUGCAGUUGUGUAACAAUAAUUAAGAGCAGAUAUUACUCACAGAUGUUGACUCAGGUGAAGAACAAGUUAGAGUCAUCCCAACGUCCGUUUCCUCCAUUAUUUCUUCAGAAUACACAUCCAGAAAUGGCCUUCAAACACCACAUAAUGUCACUUCUUAUUUAAAAAAUUAAAUAUUGCCACAUUUUUCCAUUUGUGACAUUUUUUCCAUAUUAUCUGCUUUGUCCUCCCUUUCUUUUUAUCACCCUACCUGUUUGAUUAUUCAAAUGUGCUUCAGUAUUUUAAGUUCACACUUAAAAGAUAAGAGUAUCAGAUAAAGUAUAUAUGCAGUUAUCAUAAUCAUCAUGGAAAAAAACAGUGUUGUUUUUGGCACAAAAAGAAGCAGCUUGGUGCCAUAUUAUGCUGUUGCAUUGGGAAUUUCUUCACAUACUUACUUGGGUAAAAUAACUGAUUCAGUAUGCAGGAUCGUGAGAUGAUACGAAAUUUAGUUGUUUUGAGUUAUUUGUCUCAUUGUUCUAUAGUUUGCUUAAUGUCCUCUAACUUUUGUUUAGGGCUUUUGUUUAAUACUCUGUUUUGUAUAAAUAUUCAAAUCUAAUUCUUAUCACACAUACACUACCAAACUUAGUUUCCAUUAGAGAUGAUCAAAGAUUGCUAAUCAUCAACUAGUAAUCUGUAAUAUUAAAUUGUUUUACUGUACAAGUAGUACAUUAUGUUAAAGUAGUCUUUCCUUGUUUUUCUGUCAUGGCAUAAUUAUGCUACUUGCUUUAUGUGAGAAAAUUGGUUUGUACAUUAUGUAAGUACAUGUAUAUUUUUUU